AUGGAUAAUAAUACAGCCGAUUGUAUAAUGUCAAAAAAGUCAAAAAGAACUAUGAAUUCUGUAGAUGGUAUAAUAUUGAAAGGAUUUACUGGUAUAUUUCGCAGCAUGGGUAAAGAAUAUAAUGAUAUACUAAGAGCAUUAGAAGUAGUGGAUGAUAAAAAUAAAGAUAUAAGUUUAGAAGAAACAAUUAAUAAAUUAAUUAACGAUGAAGAAGAGUUAAAAGAAAAAUUAAAAACAAAUUUAGAAAGACUAAUUAAAAUUAGAGAUAAAAUAUUAAAGAAAGCUUAUUCCUCAACAACUGCUGUGGAGACAUGCUCUUCAACUAUUAAACAGUUCGAUCCUUCAAAAUCAAUUCCAAGAAAUGGAUCAAUUUAUCUUUCAAAAAAUCCUCUAAAUUGUAAUGAUGGUAAUAAUAAAAAGGAUCCAAAAGAUAAUUGUCUCGUUCCGGCAAAAAACAAUCAAAAAAAUAUUCUAGUAUCAAUGCCAUUAAGUAAAGUUAUCAUAAAUGCUAAACCAUCAAACAAAAUUAUAAGAAGAAGUAUUAAUAAUCUUUUACGCCCUAUUCCGAGUUCUUCUAUUGUUAUUGAAAAACUAAAUUAUUCAAAUAAAUUCAAUGAAUCUCUUUGUAAAAUAGAAAAAAAUAAAACAACAUUUAAUGAUGAUCAAAAAUUAGAACUAUGUGAUUCAAGAGAAAGAAGAAAAAAUUUUAAGAAAAAAGUUACUUUAAGAAGAAGUAUUAGUGAAUCAAAUCUAUUAGAUGAAGUACCAAUAGUUGAAAAUCAAUUAUUAAAGAGACAUAAAAUGAAAGAAAAUUCAAAUUACUGGACUCCAUUAGAUUUAGGAGGAUCUACAAAAGAAGAAAAUGCUUUCGAUACAUCUGAAAUUAAACAUAUUCUUCCAAUAAAUACAACACAUACAUUUGCACAAAAGAAAGGUUUCAAUAUAAGAUGCUGUUAUUGUCCAGUAAGAAAAUUUACUCUUGGUGAUAAGUUAGUAUGUGUAUGUUGUGGAAUUGAGAUGCAUAUUACUUGUAAAAAAUUAAAAAGAAAUGUUCCAUGUGUAGUUAUGGAAAGAAGAAGGAAGAUAGAACAAACUAAAUAUCCUGUUUAUUUAGGGAAAAUUUGUACAACUGGAAGACCAAUGAUUCCAGCUGUUCUUAUAAGAUUAGUUGAUCGUAUUGAAACAUCUUUUAUGCUAACAACACCAGGAUUAUAUUGUCAUGUACCUGAAAAAGAGAAUGAUCAAAAUACAUUAAAAGCAGUUAUUGAGGAAAAAUUUUACGUAAUGUUUGAUGAAAAAAGUGUCUUUUCUGUUCCAAAUGCCUUAAAAAGACUAUUAAAAAAUUUAGUUGAAGCUAUUGUACCACCAAGUAGUUGGCCUGAUGUUUGUCUUGGAGUUAAAGAGGGAGACUAUAGAACAGUAUACAAUGAAUUAUUAAAUUUUCCUGUUACUAAUAAAGAUACAUUAGCUUUUUUAAUAAGGCAUUUACAAAUAGUUAUUGGAAUGAGUGAUAGAAAUGAUAUGACUUUACAAGUUAUUGUUAAUCAAUUUGCUCCAUUGAUUGUGGGAUUACCAAAAUUUAAACGAGAAAAAUAUGGAAAUUUCAAUGAUUGUACAGCUUUGAUAAAAGAGACUUUUCAAUUUCUAAUGGAAAUUCAUUUUGAAUUUUGGGAUCUUAUAUUAAGGACCUCAAAAGAUCCACCUUUUUGUAUAUUUAUGAGAAAAAAUGAUAUUUUAAAACUUAAUGAUUCUAUUUAA